AUUCUGAAUCAGGUGGUCGCCAUGAAAAGUGUGGCUGGUGCUAGUGUUUACGCUGACAGUACUCAAGGCAACAACCUGGGUCAUGUUCCCAAGCCAGCAGGGAGGUAUUACUUGCCCCUGCGGUACGUGGCGGCGCUGUUGGGUCUGCUGGGGUGUGCUGUCGACUACCUAGUGAAGUUCAGUAUCAGUGUGACCCUCGUGGACAUGGUCAACAUCACCACCACCCCAAACAUCAUCUUCAACCCUUGUCCUGCUGCCCUGGACGCCGACGACAACAACGAUGCCACCAUGAGCAAUGGUGAGUACAGCUGGACACCACUGCAGCGGACAGCCGUGCUCACCACCUUCCUCUGGGGUUACUCCAUCACCAAGAUAGUAGGUGGACGCAUCGCGGAGGUGCUGGGCGGUGGAGACGAUGGGGUGCUGCUUGACGGUGUCUGGGUUACUCUCUCUUCUUUGUCCCGCCGCUUCCUACCUCCACCCCUUGGCUCUGGCCGGCGUGCGUCUCCUCAUGGGGUUGAUCCAAGGUCCCGUCUUCCUGCCCCUCUACAGCGUCCUGGCCAGCUGGUCCCUCCCGGAGGAACUGGCCACCAUGAUAUCUGUCGCAUACUCUGGGAGGGCACUGGGGUCACUGGUGGGCGUGGCUGGGUCCCGGUGGGUGGUGAAGAGCCUAGGGUGGAGGUGGGUGUUCUGGGGGUGCGGUGUGCUGGCUCUCACCUGGGCGCCCCUCUGGUUCAUCUUCGUCAGGAACUUUCCGUACGAGCACCCGUUCAUUUCUGAUAGAGAGAAACGGCUGCUGUCAUUAAUUCACGUGCAUCCUAAGCCGGAUACAACACCAAAAGGUCAAAAGGUAUUUGAAGUAAUAGAUGGUUUUCAGUUUGUGUUGUUUACAUAAUUCAUAAUAACCCUAACACGUUCGAGUUGUGUUACCGGUAUUGACCUGACAUUCUCGUGUACAAGAUGAAGCAUAAGCUACUUUACCGGGAACUGUAACAUAGGUGCAGUGUUCUGGGUAAAGUGACUUAAGCGUUGCGCGUCCUGUAGUUCCCCCUCUCUUCCUCUCCAAUACGCCCUCUAAUCUUCAUCCCCAACACGCCCUCCACCACCACAUGAUCGACCAUCGGUGCUUGCCCUCUCCACUCCUUGCACACCCUCCACGCCCCUCACACCUCAUCUAUCACUACCUGGCGGGGCGUACAGCGGAGGGUACCCUGGACACGUGUGGCCAUGGGCACGACCAUCUACCUGCUGAUGUUGAUGGAGACUGGCAAUAUGUGGGUCCAUAACAUGUUCGUUAACGAGACUCCAACCUUCUACAUAUAUAAGGUAUGUUCCCUCGUCUCCCAGAUAGAUAGAUAGAUAUGUCAAUAGAUAGAUAGAUAAGGGCGAGUGAUAAGAGGAAGGUCACUUUCCAUCACUCACUAAAUGACUCGAGGAUAAUUGUUUUCCCUUGCGAACUGCCAAUUCUUAACACUUUGCCUUAACUAGUACCCGAUGAAUGAUUUACACAUCUAAAAUCAUAAGCUAGCUGUUGUAUGAUAUAAUAUCUUCAAUGUAAAUAAAGAUAUUAAUUAUUUGGAAGUGAUUGCUUGGACUUGAAGCAUCACCUGUGUGUGUGUGUGUGUGUGUGUGUGUGUGUGUGUGUGUGUGUUUUCUCCAGAUCGGGAUGAGCUUGGAGACGUCGAGGUGGGUGCGAAUGGGAUGGUCGGGUGUAUCUUGGGUCUUCUGUUUCCUCUAUGGUAUGAUAUCUGACCUCAUCGUUCGCUACCGCUUCCUCUCUCGGGUCACACGCAGGUUCAUGCAUCUUAUAGGUAUGAUGUUGGUAGUGACGGGUCUGGUAGGUGUGAUGUGGUCGGGGUGUAGGACAGACUUUGUAGUGGGCUUCAUGAUGUUCCCGGUUUGGGGUCACCACCACCAGCGUCACUUACCAACUCACGCCUAUGGACAUCGCACCUAACUAUGCCGGUACACUGGUCGGCUUGGUUGGACUGGGUAAUCUCGUUGGCUUCGUGGCUCCUAUAACCACCAUCUUGUUUAACUCUCAGCCUAAUGGUUGGGAUGCCAUCAUCUUCUUCAGCUGUUGUCUUUACCUGGUCUUCAGCCUAUUCUACGUGGUUGGUGUGACAGCAGACGUACAGGACUGGAACUUUUACGAAGAGAUUGAUGGUGACGAGGAGCAGCCAGCAGUGAGUGAGACACCGAGGCCUCGACCAGCAGCACUAUGACACGAGACAGUAAUCCUCAGCGAAGAUAAAAAGGCGAUUUUUUUUAUACCCCGAACCAUAAUAACUGUACUAACUGAAAAUUCAAGAAAUAAUUAACUGUAAACAAUGACAAAAUGACUAACAAAAUCUCACCAACAGAAAUAUGCUAAACAAUUUAUACUGUAUCACAUUAUGAUAUAUUUGUCUGAUGUAAUUUAUAUGGCCAUCAGUUUAAAUUGUAUCCAGUCAACUUUGUCUUAAACCGUAUCUACUUUAACCUGCUGAAACUACUACCUAUCGUUUUUUACCUCCACUAAUAGUAUAAGAAGCAUCAUAAAUCAUCUUUUUCUUAGUUUAUUUGGGCUCUGCUAACUGAUUCCUCUCCAUUAUAAAUCUUAAGACUUCUCAAGUAUUACAGAAUGAUACAAACUCAACGAAAUGAACAAAAAUAAAACAAAAUUAACAACAAAACUUUAAAAGGGAACCAUAUGGUUGAGGAUAAACUUUUAUUGUAACAAAAAUAAACAAGAACGCCUUUUUUGUGCUCAAUGACUUUGGUAUAUAUCAUCGUAACCAUUUCAGUAUAAACCACAAGCAUUAAAAACAUCAACAAUAAGUCAUCCUUUUAUUGCUCAAGCUGAAGUUAUAUUAGUGUAUAUGACUCAUUACACACUUUAUGGUAUGUGGUAUAAGGUUGGGUACUGACCUCCUCCUCCUCAUGGCGAAGUCGUUCAUCUUGUCUCAUUAAACUCCCGAGAUAUGUGUACAUCAUUUAGAGUUACCUUGGCACCCUCCGCUCUCCUCUGCUCAGUUCUCCUGCACUGAGAUGUCCCAUUAAUUCUGGUUUGCCCGUUUAGCAGUAAUUAAGGCCAGGUAAUCAUCAUUUGAGAGGCAGAUUUAGAUUUCAAUUAUCUGCCAGUAAUUAUAAUGAAUUCCACUUCAUUGCUUUCAAUUAGUGAGCCAUGAUAGUGUAAUUAGGUGAAGUUAUUUAUGUCCACUCAUUAAUUAAUUGUUGAUCAAAAUGUUAGUUAUUCGUAUCGAUCUUGUUAUGUACACAAAAUUAUUAUUAUUUUAUAAAAUUUAGUGAUUUAAAGAGAUGCAGUGUAUAAGUUGUCUUACCUGCUGGUCUAAUGUGAUGACUCAAUGACCACAGAAUACCAACAGAAGGGUGAAGACAAUACAAUAUUUCCAUAACAAUGAUAAAGAAUAAUAAGAACAAAAUAAAGAUUACAGAGUGUAUGGUUAUCUUUUAAUGUUU